AUGGUUCGAAUUCUCUAUGUGCCGUACACAGACAUCGCCUCCUUCACCAGCAUGUGUGGUCAGGUUCCGCCCCACCGAGUCAUGGCGUUCCUCAACGACCUCUUCACCACUUUUGACCAGCUGGUGGAGAAGCAUCAAGUUUACAAGGAAAGCUCGUCCGUUACAGAGGCCGUGGAUCCCCUGCACGCGCACAAGGUCUUUGCAUUCGCCGCGUUGGAAGCGGCUCGCUGCGUGAUGAUGCCCGGUACCGGCCAGCCUGUACGACUGCGAGUAGGCAUCCACAGCGGCCCCGUCAUGAGCGGCAUCGUGGGGCGGAAGAUGCCCCGUUUUUGUCUGUUUGGCGACACAGCAGACAGAGAGAGAGAGAGAGGCUGUCGUGUUUUUUUUACCGCACACACACACACACACACACACACACACACACGACCGCUUCAGUGGCGGCAUGAUGAGUUUUUACAUACCGAUUCGGGUACUGGGAGGGCGGUGCACACACACACACAAGCGGCGCCCCACAAUCAUUUGAGACCGAGUGUAUGA